CCAGACGUAUGGGUGCGCGAAAAGAGUGAGACCGCAAGCACGGUAAAGUGAGACGGACUAGAUUUCUCGCCCGUGUGGACAAACUCAUAAAACCCGCUGGUUUCGUUCUGUCUCUCGAUCACCUCCCGUUCUCCUUCUAAAGCAACUGCCCGGGCCUUGAUGCAUAUUAAAAUGGUGGGGAUAAUAAUGGUUACUAUGAUGAAGCAGAAUUGCUUAUUAUGGUGAGGUACGAUUGUAUUUCAAAAAUUUCGUGUUAUUAAAAGUCAUCAGCUUCUCAUGAAAGUCCCUAGUCGCCACGAGGAAGUUUCUGAAAAUUUCUGAGAAACUACGAAGGGACAAUUAAAAGCAAUUACACAUCAACAAUGAACAAUUAAAGAGCAUUUGUUUAAGACAUCACACAUUGAGUUAGAGCAAUUUUUUGAGUAUUUAUGUCAAUUGAUGUUUGGCAGUCAUGAAUGGCACGUGCUCCUAGUUCCUUAUAUAUUUAUUUAUUGAAAAUUCAUUGUUUAUUGAUAAAUUUGUCGCCUGUGAAAGGGUGAGCAAUUGGUUAGAUGAAAAGAGCAAUUCUUUGGUAGGUCAUACACUACGUUUUAUGUAUUAUUUCAGAAUUCUCAUAAAAAUCACUAGGAAUCUCAAAAAGUUUUUUGGAUAUUUCUCGACAAGGAUAAAUGAACAAUUAAAACUAAUUGGUUAGUAAUUAUUGGCAACUAAAAAGCAAUUUUUUGAGCUAUGUGUUUCAUUAAUGUUAGUUAUUAUUAUGAGCCAGCUUUUCACCCGGAUAUUUGUAUCGGAUUUUAUAUAUCCAAUUGUGACAAGAGCGGCAAUAUAUAAUUACAUAUCUACUCUCUCUAUAUAUAUUUACAAAAAUAAAUAAGCUUCUUUGCAUGAUAUAGAUGCAAGAAAGUUUACUCAACAUUUCUACAUUCUCAAAAUAUUCUGUAGUUGUUAAAUUUUUCUGAUAAGAAAGGAUCAAAUAUAGAAUUCUGAUGUAUCCGGCAUAUUCAGCUGAACAUAACGUUGAAGAAGGAAUAAUGUACCUAUAUACCUUUACGUACAUACAACAUAAAACAAUGAUUUCAUUCAAAUAACUCAUGCAUUUCAGGUUAAACAGAAACUCUUGAGAAACGGAUAUAUCUACAUGGAUGAAAGACGAUUGUUUCGGCUGAGUAAAAUCACGUGUUCCACGAAAAUACAGAAAGUUAUUCAAAAUGAUUAUGAGAAAAAAGAUAUGGCCACGAACUUUAAGCGAUUUCUUAUCGAUGAUAUUUAUCUUAACCAUUGUACCUCUGAUAUAUUGGUUUGAAUUAUGGGUGGUAUUACCGGCUGUGUAUGGUUUUGGAUCAUUACCGUACACGUUAAAUUUUCUCCUUGGAAAUUUCAUCAUGGUGAACAUUGUUGGAAAUUUCACAUAUAUAGUUUUUUGUGAUACUAGUACUAGAAGAGACAUUAUGCCAAUAAGUGCUGCAAAUACUAAAGAAGGCUGGAGGCUGUGUGCUUCUUGUGAAACAUUUGCUCCUCCACGAUCAUGGCACUGCCCAACAUGUGAUAUUUGUAUUUUAAAAAGGGACCAUCAUUGCAUUUUUACAGGAUGCUGCAUUGGUCAUUACAACCAUCGAUACUUUAUUAUGUUUCUUUUGUACUUAUUCAUAGCAACAACAUAUAGUUUUUGUUUUAAUAACAUUUUUAUUUGGAAUAGGAUACACUUUGAGUUUCCCAUGUCAAUUAUAAAAAUUGUUUUUCCAUUAGCAAUAUUUGUUUUUGGAUUUGAUGGCUCUAUAGACCAAUUUUAUUUAAUAUUAUAUAUUGUAUCUACUAUAGGAAUGUUGUAUACUGGAGUUUUGUGCAUUUAUCACUUUCAUUUAGUCAUCAAUGGCAAUGUUGCUAAUGAAAGCAAUAAAAAGGUUCAUAUAUAUAAUCUGGGACUAAAACAAAAUAUAAAGGAAGUACUUGGUGAACGAUGGUAUCUAACAUGGAUACUUCCUUAUAUAGCAUCUCAAUUACCACAUAAUGGUAUAAUAUGGGAUACAACAAGCUCAUGGUAUUUUUCAAGCCUUAAAAAUAAAUAAAUAUAAAUUGUAUACAUACAGAAAUAUACAGGAUUUUCCAGUAAAAA